GGGAAGGCGGUAGGUUAGCUACUCGUUUUGGCUUUACGCGGCCGGGGCCACCUGGUUUCCAGUCAAAGGAAAGGGUCUUUUCAAACUUAUCCGACAAGCAACCACAAUGACAGAAAUAGACAAUCUGAUUCAAACUCAUUUGCUUUUGAAGAACAAGAUCCUCGAGUCCGAGAAGAAACUCAGACAUGACUAUCCUUUCCGACAAAGUCUUUCCGCAAUAGAGCAGAGAGCUUGCUCUAUCGUCCAACGGAUUCGAACCCAUGAGCUUGCCACUGUCUGGUCACCUAACUCUAAUGAUGGAUGCCCAGGAUUAUUUCCUGGCAUCGCAUUUGACCUUGCAAAAGAUACCAUCCAGAAGACAGAGUUGUGGCGUAUCGUCAAACAAUUACCGAAAGGUGCCUUGCUUCAUGCCCAUAUCGAUGGCAUGGUGGAUAUGCAAUGGCUCAUCAAUACUGCUCUCAACACGCCGGGCAUACACAUCAAGUCAGACAUUCCUCUUACUUCCCCGCAUAAAGUCAAGGAAGCCAUGAUUGAGCUUGAAUACCUUCCUGCAUCGUCAUCAAUCCCGCCGUCCGAGCUAUUCUCUCAGUCUUACGUCCCGGGUACGCCUGUGCAGCUUCUCCAAGCCGCGCACAUGUGCCCCUACGGCGAUGCUCAAGCUUUUGAAUCACUUCUGGUUUCCCGAACUACGUUUUCGUUAGAUGAUUGUCUUUCGCACCAUGAAGGAAUUGACAAAAUCUGGUCUCGUUUUGAGUCAAUUUUUCGCGUUUUAGGCGGAAUUACAUUUUACGAGCCUAUAUUUCGCCAGUUCAUUCGUCGUAUGUGUAUGGAAGCCUUGGAUGAUAAGGUUUACUGGAUUGAUCUCCGCGUUGUGUUUCUGUCGCCGUUUAAGCUCUCGAAUGGGGCAACAGGCGACUUUCGAGAUUUGCUUCGGAUAUUCAAUGAAGAAAUCACCAAUUUCCAGCACUCCGAGCUGGGAGCCUCUUUCUGGGGGGCGCGGAUCAUUUGGACAUGUCAUCGACGUCAAGGGGAUGGUUUCAUCCGACGCGAUAUGGAGAAUUGCCUCACAGCAAAAGCCCAGUUUCCGCAUUUGGUUGCAGGUUACGAUCUAGUGGGACAGGAAGGAUUAGGCCGUACACUGGAGGAACAUCUCCCCUCUCUCUUGUGGUUCCAAAACGAAUGCCAGAAAAGAAAUUUGGAUAUCCCUUUUUUCUUCCACGCCGGUGAAGUAUCAGGAGACGGUGACUCCCACGAUCUGAAUCUUCUAGAUGCUGUCAUCAUAGGUACGAAGCGAAUCGGCCAUGGGUAUUCGCUUUUUAAGCAUCCCGUCAUUAUGAAUGAAGUGAAGUCUCGGGAUAUUUGCGUUGAAGUGUGCCCUAUCAGUAAUGAACUUCUCCGCCUAAACGGAAGCGUGUCAAGCCAUCCAGUACCAGCAUUGCUGGCCAAUGGGGUUGCUGUGGCACUAUCGAGUGAUACCCCAGGGGUUUUUGGACAUAUUGGAACCCGUGUCAGUUGCGAUUUCUGGCAGAUCCUGAACAAUUUCGAUUCCAUUGGACUCGAAGGUCUGGGUGAUAUCGCAGAGACAAGCAUAUGCUAUGCAGCAUUCGCAGACGAUAAUGGAUGUUGCGAGGAGAUGGGCCCACACUCAGGUAACAAGCGAAAAAUUCGGGUUUCAGAAUGGCGAAAGCAAUGGGUGGAAUUUUGCAAAUGGGUGAUCGAGGAGUAUUCCGGUUACGUCGAACAAAUCUCGCAGAGUUGAAAAGCCUGCUAUUGUAAUGAGUAUUUAAGACUAUUUCUCUGGAAAGAAAUGGCCAACUAUGGGCAGGUUGAAGUCCGUGAAAACUAAAUAUCUGCAUAUAGAUAAGAUCCUUCUC